UCUAAAACCCAAGUAAAAAGUCAAGGGGCCUUUAACUUUGGUUUUGUGUUAUUUUGAAGGAUUAUUACGCAUGUAUUUCUGCAUUCUAUUUAGUUUGUAAAUGUUUCACUGAUCGAUCGAUUAUAUAUAUAUAUAUAUAUAUAUAUAUAUAUAAGAAAUGGUUAUCUAUAAGAUUUGAAUCAAUAGUAUCGUAUAGUAUACUAAACUCUUGAUGAUAUUAUGUGUUGCAGAUAGAAUUGAUAGUUCAUAUGGACUGCGGUGGAUGCGAGAACAAAAUAAAGAAAGCUCUUCAAAAUUUAAAAGGAGUGGAGGAGGUUGAGGUGGACAUGAAGUUGCAGAAAGUAAGAGUGAUGGGAUGGGCUGAGCAAGAGAAGAUUUUAAAGACAGUAAGAAAAGCAGGAAGAAGGGCUGAUAUGUGGCCGUACACACCAGAGGACCAACAUAACUUCAACGUUCAGCAAUACUAUCACCAAAAUCAUCACUCAAUAUCUGUAGUAUUUCCAGUUGUGUCCUCCAAUUACUUCUUUCAUAAUUACGAUCAACAAGCUCCAACUCCUUCUUCCACUUCCACCAUGGUUGAUGACAGUACCACCUCCAUGUUCAGUGAUGACAACCCUCAUGCUUGUUCCAUAAUGUGAUCGCCUUGUAUGAAUAUAUAUAUAGGGACCGACGACAACACUAGUGUAGCCAAUUUGUAUUUUCUACACUUCGUCAAUUAAGAAAGGAUGCAUCGGUGUUGUCAAAAAAGUAGAUGUGUUAUAGUGACUCUCUAUGUUAUACACAUAAUGUAUGAUUGGGUAGUCGGUAUAGCCAGUUUGUGUUUUCUACACAUCGGUAAUUAAAAAAUGAUGCAUCGGCGUUGUUAAAAAAGUAGAUGUGUUUUAGUCACUCUCUAUGUAUAUAUACAUAAUGUAUGAUUGUGUAUUAAUGCCUACGGUUGUGAUUAUAUA